AUGCGCCUUCUCGUGCUACUACUACUUCAAUUUGACAUUGGUGUGUAUGCAUGUCCAUGUGAAGGUGUAGUGGUCGCUGAAGCUGACCAAGAUCAUUGUUGGGAAGUUCGAUCACGAGCAGCAUCCACAUGGGUGGAUGCAGACUUAGAAUGUCAACGGAUCGGAGGACAUUUGGGAUAUCCGCAAGGUGACUCGGUGAACAAGAUCUACGAAUACAUCAUAUUGGACUACACAAAACCCGUCCUCACUAAUAUAUUAACUGGGAGUGUUGAAGCACAAUUGUACGCAAUAAUGUGUCCGAAUAAUCAAUAUUAUGGAUUGCUGCCGAAAAACACCACAUUUUUCCAGAAUGCCACGGAUACAAACGCUUGCGCAUAUUUUACGAAACAAAGUGAUAAACUUUCGUUUGAAUCCUGCACAAUUGACGCUAAUGUUCUAUGUGACCGACCAAUGGAAAAAGUGGAUUACUGUAAUAUUAUGAUGAACUGUACGACAACAACAACUACAAUAUCAACAUCGACAUUGACAACAAAGUUAUUGUUGUCUAAUACUACUACUACUCGUAAUUUGACAUCCACAACAACCUCUACAUCUACGAAAACUAUUGUAAAUGCGGGAAACCUAACAGACACCACUUCGACAACCACCACAACCAAAACAAUAGCACCACAAAAUCCACAAAAUCCGACACCUUGUUCAUCUUCUUCGAAGUCAAGUUGCGGUCCCCAUGAAUGGAGUAUUUUUGGAUGGUGUGCGGAUUGGCGCCUUCUACUUGUUCUGACAGCAAUUCUUCUAAGUAUUUUCCUCCUAAUAUGUCUUCUUCACUGUUGCUGUCACUUAUGCAAUGAACCUUGUCAAGAAAAAGAAAAGAAGGAGAAGAAGAUAAAAGAAGAAAAAGAUGAGAAGAAAAAGAAAGAGAAGGAUCUUCCAAUUCUUAUGCCAAUCGAGACUUCUUCGAAAAAAUUACCCGAGCCUCCUCCAGAGAAUAAACGUUACGAUGUUGAGCAGUCUGGUACGAUUCUUCCUCCUCCGGCAACAGUUACACAACCAGUGUUUGUUCCUAUUCCGGUACACGACAGAAGAGAAUCUCUAAUCAAAGAAGUGGAACGAGAAGUUCGAAUGGUUUGUCCACCUAAGCCGGAAACUGCUGACAUCGGAGUAAACACCGAUCCAUGGCCUUCAGUGAAAAAACGCAAGACCAAAAAAGCGGACAAGAUCCAAGUAAGGCGACCUCCUGUCGUUCAUUCUCCUCUUGUCGAAGUAGAUGGUGAUCUUGGAGAUGAUAUAUCACUAAAUCUUGAACGUUGGAAUAGUGCAGAAACUGUGCUUCCAAAAGGUGACAUAGAAGACAAUGCACCGCUAGUUUUUAUAAGAAACCCGAAACCGCAAAGAACUCUAAAUGAUCUUCCUCUCAUUACUUCCGUUUCGCCUGUGAAGGAAGAGGAUCAAAAACCACUGAAAGAUGUAAAGCCGCAAUCAACUACAGCGCCGCGACGAUUUAGAUCUCCACCUCCGACAGACGAUUUACCUGUGUCUGUUGAAGAAAGAAAAACAAAGACUCCACCACCGGCCAAUGGCCCUGGAAAGAAACUGAGACGCAUCCCGUCACCACCAAAGGCAAAUUCAGAAAGAGUUGGAUCUGCUCCAGAAGUUCCUGAGCAAUACGCUCCACUGCAACCUGAAAUUCGUGAACCGAAGCGGGCUCGCUCGCAGAGGGAAGAUAAAAGCAAGACUGGCCGAGAAUCCAGACGUGAAAAGCGUCCAUUGGUAGUUCCUUUGGAUAACGAUCCACCACAAAAAUCAGCCAAAGAAUCAGUUCCUUCUGGAGGACGAUCUCCUGGUAAGAGAUCAGCGAAUUCUUUGUCGGCUACAGAAUCGAACGGUUCUGCGAGCUCUCCAACUCCACCAAGAGGCAACGUUUCUAUGCGGAACCCACGGGGACGUAUGGGGGGCGCUGUUCGUGCAGGAGGUGGAGGGGGAGCAUCUCCAGUUGGAUGGAAACCAUGGUCAAAUGGAGCAUCGCACCUAUCACAACCACCACAAUUCCUAAGCGGCGAUUAA